AUGUUUAAAAAUACUAUAUUUGGUAAAUAUACAAUUUUUCUCAUUUUUCUUCUACAAAAUACUUCUUUUGAAAUAAGAUUUGAAAAUUCAUUAUUUGCUGAAGGACCACCAAGAUUUGAAAAAAUAGCUAAAGUAACACAUGAUGUUUUAUUAGGUGAAUCAGUGAAACUAGAUUGUAGUGCAUUAGCAAGACCUGCACCAUCUAUUCAUUGGUAUAGAAAUGACAUUUUUCUAACAUAUAAUAUGCUAAAAAGUGAUGAAAGAUUACAAGAAAAAAAGAUGACUUUAGAAAUAAAUGGUAUUGAAGUAAAGGAUCAAGGAAAAUGGGCUUGUAAAGCAUGGAAUAGUCAAGGAUAUAUUUUUAGAAAUUUUACAAUAGAAGUUAUAGAUUAUUGUGAUUAUUAUAAAAAAGAAGGAAUAAAUCCUUCUAUUGUCCCAUUAGAAUGUAUAUGUUUGUGGUUGACAUUGCAUGAAAGAAUAACUGAUGAAGAUGUUUGGGGUGAUAUGAAUAAAACUGAUUGUAUUGCACAUAAAGAUUUUAUUAAAAGAAAUAUUCAAAAUCUUAAUACAGGAAUAGAGAAUAAAGAAGAAGAGGAGGAGGAAACAAAAGUUACAUUAGGAUAUGUAACUAAAACAUAUGAGAGUUAUUCUAAUAAACUUUUACCAGCAAUUUAUACAACAACAUCUUUACCUAAAAAAGAAUCAAAGCAUGAUGAUUCUGAUAGUAAUCAUUUUACGCAUGAUGUUAUAUUACCAUCAUCUAAUAAUAACGGAAAACAACCAGACAUUCAGGAGACAGGUGGUGAUGAUGAUGAUGAUAGUGAUGAAAGUUUAUUUGAUCCAAGUUUAUUAGAUAAAAAUUAUUUAACACAACCAAUAAAAAGUUUAUCAAAAUAUAGAGGAUAUAAUGAAGGUGAAAGAACCAAACCAUAUUUUAAAGGUAAAAAUGAUUCAGAAAAUAUGAAAGAACAUAUUGUUGUACCAGCUGGUAAAACAAUAAAUUUACCAUGUAAAGCUUAUGGUGUACCAGAACCUGAUACAGUGUGGUUUAGAAAUUAUAAAUUAAUAAUGGGUGGUACAACAAGACCAACAGGGUCAAUAUAUAAAAAAAGAAAAUGGUCAUUACAAAUAGAAGAUAUUUCUGAUGCUGAUUCUGGUACAUUUAUAUGUGAAGCAUUUAAUUCUCAAGGAAGUGCAAAAAAAGUAUAUAUUGUUGAAGUUGUUGAUAGAUUACGUACCAAACCAAUUAUGGUACCAGGAGUAUUACAAAGUUUAUCUAUUGAUACAAACAAAACAGCAAAUUUUACCUGCCGAUAUAUUAGUGAUUUAACACCUCAUAUAAUGUGGGUAAAAUUAAAAAAAAAUACUGAUCAUGAUUUUGUUGUUUUUAAUCAUUCAUCACCAAAAUAUAAAUUUAAUUAUACUGAUGUUAUGGAAAAUCCACGAGCUACUAUUAUUGAUGGUAUUGAUACAACAACAUUACUUAUUAACAAUGUAACAAUUAAUGAUAAAGGUGUUUAUGCUUGUUUAAUAGGAAACUCUUUAGGUUUUACAAUGGAUAUGGCUAAUUUAACAGUAAAUGAAUUUCAUACAUAUAUUAUAAAAACUUUAGAUCCAUCAAAUGUUAAUAUAUCACCAUAUAUAAUUUAUACAUCUAUAGGUAUAAUAAUAUUAAUUGGCAUAUUAAUAGCAAGUGGGAUAUAUUGUUGGUUAAUAAGAAAAAAAAAUGCUGAUCAAUUUAAAGUUUUUAAUCCUGAUGAUGUAAAUGUUGGUGUUAAAAAAAUUGUAUCUGUUGUUCCUAAAAAAGUAACUAAUGGUGAUCCUAAUUGGUCUGAUUUUACCUCAUCAUAUGAAAUUUCUAUUAGACAAGUUUUAUCAAAACAUCAUUGUGUUAAUAAUGAUGUUCCUGGUUUAGCUAAUUAUGAAGCAGAAACUGAUCCUAAAUGGGAAAUUGAUAGAAAUAGAUUACAAAUGUUAAGUAUACUUGGUGAAGGAGCUUUUGGACAAGUAUGGAAAGGUUUGUUAACACAAAAAGUUUCAAAAGUUGGUAAAACAGAAACAAUACCAGUUGCUGUUAAAAAAUUAAAAAGAGAUGCUCAGGAGAAGGAAUUUGUUGAUUUAAUAAGUGAAAUGCAAACUUUUAAAUCUAUUGGUCAUCAUGAAAAUAUUUUAUCGCUAUUAGGAUGUUGUACAGGACGUGGUCCAUUAUUAAUGGUUUUACAAUUAUGUAAGUAUGGUAAUUUGAGAGAUUUUUUAAGAUCACAUCGUCCAAAUGAAGUAAGAGAAGCUAAUGAUCGAAGAAAUCAGGGUAUUGCUGAUGAGUUAGAUAUUUUUGAUACAUCAACAGUAAAUUAUUUAAAACCACUUGAUGGUAGUAAUAGUGAACCAGUACAAAGUUUAACACAACGUCAUCUUGUACAAUUUGCAUUACAAAUAGCUUCUGGAAUGGAACAUUUAGCAAAAAGAAAAAUUAUUCAUCGUGAUUUAGCUGCUAGAAAUGUUCUUGUUGCUGAUAAUUAUAUUUUAAAAAUAUCUGAUUUUGGUUUAUCACGUGAUAUUAAUUUAAAUAAUUAUUAUCGUAAAAAAGAAAAUGGUAGAUUACCUAUAAAAUGGAUGGCAUUAGAAGCAUUAGAUUCAUUAGUAUAUACAUUAGCCUCUGAUGUUUGGUCUUUUGGCAUCUUAUUAUGGGAAAUAAUGACACUGGGUGGUACACCAUAUCCAACUAUUGACAUGGCCAAAUUAUUUACUAUUUUAAAAAAAGGUUAUCGUAUGGAAGCACCACACAAUUGCCCUCAAGAAAUUUAUAAUGUUAUGCAAGCAUGUUGGCAAGAGAAAGCUGAAGAUAGACCAACUUUUACAGCAAUUAUUGACUAUUUUCAAUGGAUGAUAAAGAAUGAUGAUGCAUUACAGAGAGGUGAAAUAAUUGAAUAUGAAUCUAGUGAUGACGAGGAUAGAAAUGAGAAUAAUUCAUUAAUUCCAAAACAUGAUAAUAAAAACUUUUUAAAGAAAACAAAGUUAAUGAGAGGACUUGAUGAAGUUGUUGUUAUUGAACCUGAGGAACUUCGUAGAAAUCGUAUGACUUAUGCUAUAAGUGCCAGAGCAAAUGAAAUAUUUCGAUCACCUGGUAUGUCAGAGAAACCUCUUAAUAUUGAGUUGGUUGAAGAAAAUUCAACAUGGUAUGAUAAUGGUCAAAAUUUAUCUCCAGGAGGUAGGAAAAGAAUUAGAAGAGAUUCAUCAUCAUUACAUUACAUUCAAACAGAAACAACACCACCACCUUUACCACCAAGAUUAGGUAGAUCAGAAAGUAUUAAACAUAAAUCUUCUUUUGAACAUCACCAUACAAUUCUUCCAUUACCACAAAUAAAUGAGGAAUCAGAAAAUUUAAAAUCAAGUAAAACAUCAACAUCAGAUAGUAGUGCAGAAUCCAACGAAACAGCCAAAUUUGUUGGAACAUCACAAUAUUAUAACACUAAUAUGAGGGAUGAAGAUAAGAAACAACAGCAAUCAAUGGAUUUAUCAACAACACAUCAAAGUAUUAGUCGUAAAAAUUCAAACAAAAAAACAAAUUCUCUUAACGAAUUAACAUUAACUUCAACAAAUUUGUUUGAUUUAAAAAAGUGGAAAUUUGAAGAGACUAAAUAUGUACAUUCAUCAGAAAGUUCCAGUGGCCGAGGAAGUUCAAAUGGUAUGUCUAAUUAUCUUGAAGAAAUUGACGACUCUGAUGAUAAUAAUAAAAUUCAACGCAUUAGAAAAAUAUAUACUAAUGAUUACUACACUAGUAUUAAUUAUAAUACAAAAUUAAAAAAGAAACAUGAAUAUUUAAAUAUUUAA